AUGUACGGGCAUGUGGAGAAGCUUGCUGAGGAGAUAAAGAAGGGCGCCGCCUCCAUUGAAGGAGUUGAAGCCAAGCUGUGGCAGGUCUGCCUCCUCUCAUCUCCUCCAAUUUUUCCUGCAUCACUCGCCAUUUUCGUGGGUUCAAUCCACUGCUCCCGUAGAUUCGGGGGUUCAGUCAUCACUCUAUCUAAAUGUGAUCCAUGGAGGAGAAUUGUGAGAUCCCAUUGCUGAAUUCAACAGGUCCCGGAGACCCUGCCGGCGGAGGUGCUGGGCAAGAUGGGGGCACCGCCAAAGAGCGACGUGCCAGAGAUCACGCCGAGCGAGCUCGCAGAGGCAGAUGGGCUCAUCUUCGGCUUCCCCACCAGGUUCGGCAUGAUGGCUGCACAAUUCAAGGCCUUCCUUGACUCAACAGGCGGCCUUUGGAGGACUCAGCAGCUGGCAGGCAAGCCAGCGGGGAUCUUCUACAGCACUGGCUCUCAGGGCGGCGGCCAGGAGACCACUCCGUAAUUCCCCCUUCCCUCCCUCCUUCCUCCGCCGGUCAACUCCGAUCGUCGGCGGGAUUUGCGUUGACCACCUGGGUUCUGCUCUUGAUCUGGCAGGUUGACGGCAAUCACGCAGCUGGCGCACCACGGGAUGAUCUUUGUGCCGAUCGGAUACACGUUUGGGGCGGGGAUGUUCGAGAUGGAGCAGGUAAAGGGUGGCAGCCCGUAUGGCGCCGGCACCUUUGCCGGAGACGGCUCCAGGGUUCCCACCGAGCUGGAGCUCGCCCAGGCCUUCCACCAGGGCAAGUACCUUGCCACCAUCGCCAAGAAGCUCAAGGCAGCCGCCUGA